GAGUGCUCCUCUCCUGGGCGGCGGAUGUGAGCAGCGGCGAGCGGAAGUGCAGCGUGAGCGGCUGUUGCCGGGGCAACCGACACCGAGCCCGGCCCAAGGCCCGGGGAGAGAAGAGAGAGAGAGAGCCCGGAGCCCGGCCUGCAGAGUGAGCCCGAGUCAAUGGAGGGCCACUGCUUACACAGACAGUCUGCCCAAGUGAAAACAGACAAGGACAGCUUAAGGGAAUGGGGUGAGGUAGUUGGUUUAAACAAAACCGACCAAAAUGUGUUAAUGGACUUUGAUGAAAAACAUGAUCAAUAUCUGAUAUUCCUUCAAUGCAGAAACAGGGUAUUGAAAAGAUUAAAGGCAAAAGAUCCUAAAAAGAUACAACUAGAGCGGUUAGAGCAAGGAUUUUCCAUCUAUGUAAAUGGCGCCAACUCUGAAUUAAAGAGGCAACCAAGAUUUGAAGCAACUUCAAGAUCAGUGCGGACAGCUGAUUCUGCUGCAAGAACAGCAUUGCACGCUGAAAAGCUACAAGAAUUAGAUGAAAUAAAGCGUAGAACUCAAACUGCACCGGGCAAAGUUCAUCGUAAAGGUUGGGUGCAGAGUUCUGUCAAUAUUAAAACAGAAAAAGGAACACAGUUGCACCUUGGUCCACCUGUAGAUUACUCCGAUGAUUUUGAAGCUUAUGAAAGUGUUGAUAUGGAGACAGAGGAUAUACCAUCUAGUUGUUCUAAGAUUCUCACUGAUGAUUCUACCAGGAUUAGAAACAACUCUUGUUUUCCUUCAAAUUCUUCCUUCAUAAAACCUGGAAGGAUUGCAGAUGACAUCGGCUCUGAUGGCAAUGAAAAAAUACUCCUGAACAUACACGAAGUUAAGAUGUUGAGAAGAAGCUUGCAGCAGACUGCUGACCUCCAGCUUAGUGAUGAAAAGAGCACUGGCAGUGAGGACUCUGAUUCUCUAGAGGACGAGAAAAUUGGAGAGCAGAUUGAAACUCGAGAAUCAACAGACAGUCUGGAGAACCUACAGCUGAAUAAGCAAUCUUUCCAGCAUGGCCCAGAGGCUAACCACUGUGCCUUGCAUCCUGGAGAUUUGAUUGUACUUGAAUUUGGUCCUAGAACAAAAAGCAGUCGAAAAGAGCAAGCUCUGACAGUGGCUAGGAAAAAUGAUGUGGAAUCUUACAUUCCCUUGAAACCCAGUCUGGUGAAAAGUAAAUCUUUUGACAGAUUCACCUCUUCUAAUCAAGAUGGAGUGGACCUGAUUUCAACUCAAGAAAGUCGUCAAGAGAGGGUACUUUCUGCUGCAAGAAGGAAUAUAUGCCAGGGGAAGGAUCCAGAAUUAUCAGCUUCGAGUGUAUUUCAAGCCAUGCAGAAAGAAAAUGAAGAUAUGCUGAAAAGUGUAGAUAAGCAGAGAACAAUAACAAAAACGCCCAUAUGUUGGCAAACGUUAUCCAACUGUUGCAUUAUUCAGCUUUCACCUUCAGAACCAGCAAUAAAUGGCACACUACAGUGUUCACCUGUACCAGUAAAGCACAAUAUGAUCAAUAAAGCUAUUGAACGAAUCAGCUAUUUGGAACCAAGUCAACAAAAGAAACUUCUAAAGCUGUUGGAGAAAAUUGAAGUGCCUUCUAAUGAUAGGUCAAAUAGCAGCACCAUGAAAGCAAGUAAAACAGUGACUACUGAGACUCAACAGAGUAAUGGCACGUCGGGCAAUACAUUGGUGAAGGACAUAAUUUAUGUCACACUGGAAAUUUUGUCAAACUGGGGCAACAUUGACAAAGUCGGCUUAACAGAAGUACAAUUUUUUGAUCUAAAACAUCAGAAGAUUUUUGUUUCUCCACAUGAUGUUGAUGUCAGAAAUGCUCACAGUCCUGGGAAUUUGAAUCGUUUAGUGAAUGGAAAGACAAAGACCACGAAGGAGCGUCACAUGUGGACGUGCCCCUUCCAUCCACCUGUUCAGUUAUAUUUUGUUGUACGUAGCCCAAUCAAAUUGUGUCUCUUCGGUAUUUCUAAGAUCAAGAUUUGGAAUUAUAAUAGAAGCCUCAAUGAGCUUGAUGUUGGGGCAAAGGAUGUGAGGAUUUAUGUGGACGGUAAUCUUGUAUAUGAAGAAAAACUUGAAAAAGGCUGUGGAAACCAAGUGUUUGAUUACAGUACAACCAUUGACUUGAGAACCAACAAAAGCAAAGCUACAUUUGAUACUUCCAGUGGGAGUGAUAUGGAAGAACAAACUGAAGAAAGGGUGAGCUCAGAAAGAGACCCAAGCAUUGAGCAUCCAGAGCAAGCAAAUUCCUCGUUCUUUCUAAAUUCAAGGUUAGAGGAGAGAGAUACAAUUGAUGCUUUCAGUGGGAGUGAUACAGAAGAUCAAGCUAAUGUAAUUGAGAACUCAAAAACAAAUCUUAAUAUUGGUUCUCCACAUCAAGCAAGUUCCUCAUUCUUUUUAAAUUCUAAUUUAGAAAAUAAGAAGAAUGCAUUCAUUUAUUCGAUUGAUUCACCAAAGUGCAGAAUUUCUGCUGUGGAGGAAGACAUAAUGUUAACAGCUCCAGUUUCAGUCGAGAUAUCGCUCCAGCGGGUAAAUAUUUCAGAAACCAAUAGGGAAGAAGAGAUUUAUUCUGAUGAAGAACCAGUCAUGAAAGACCAGCAGGAGAAAAUAUCAGCAAAGAAAAUAACAGAUAUGCCAUCAGCUUCAAAAAUACCAUCAUGGCUAAAAUCACCAGAGAAUGAAAAACCUAAGCAAAGUAAACGGAAAAAGCCUCCAUGGCUCAAUAAUGAGACACCGAUAGAUUUAAAAGUUGACAACAAUUCAGCUAAAUCUGAUGAGGCAAAUUGUAAUUGGCCUGAUCUAUCUGACCCUGACAAUAGUUACAAAAACUCAAUUGGUCCAACUGACAAGAUUUUAAAAUGUAAUAAGAAAAAGUUAGUCAACUCUCAUGACAAGGGCAAAGUACUUACUGACAAAAAUUAUUUAGAUUUUCUGGACGACUUCAAUGAAAGUGACUGUUAUGUGCCCUCGUCACAGGGUGAGGAGAAUCAAAGAACUGACUUUCCUAUUAGUGGAAGGAGAAGCUCUAUGAAGAGUGCCAGACAUAAAGAACUUUUUAAUGUUAGUGAAACUGAAGAACUUCUUAAAAUAGAAAAUCAGAAAACUUCAAAGACAUCAGGGUCUACAAGACCAAAGUGGCAAAAUGAGCAGGAUGACACACUGAUGGAAUCAUGGGAUUCUUUAUUAAAGUUUAACAGGUCACAGCGAGGUCGGAUAGCCAACUUGGAUUUUGAGGGAGAUGUUUUUGAUGAGUUUUUGCAAGAGCAAAGAAUUGGAAGAGAAACAGGAUUGAAAUCCUUGUACCAAGAAUCAAUGCAUGAAGUUGAAGAGGGAAAGGAAGAACAUACAACUGACCUUGAAAGGGAUGAUGAUGGAAGUGAUGAUUUUGAAAUUCCAGUUUUGCCUUUUGGCUGUCGUUUAAUUAUUAAUAUUACAUCAACUUGGGGUGAUAGACAUUAUGUUGGACUUAAUGGAAUAGAAAUAUUCAGUUCAAGCGGAGAACCUGUACAAAUAGUACAAAUAAGAGCAGAUCCAGCAGAUAUUAACAUAUUACCUGCUUAUGGCAAAGAUCCAAGGGUUGUUUCAAAUUUGAUUGAUGGUGUAAACAGGACGCAAGAUGAUAUGCAUCUCUGGCUUGCACCUUUCACUCCAGGACGAUCCCAUUUCAUCUAUAUUGACUUUGUAACUCACUGUCACGUGGCAAUGAUUCGAAUUUGGAAUUACAACAAAUCGAGAAUACAUUCUUUCCGUGGUAUUAAAGAUGUUGAAAUCUUACUGGAUGGGAAACUGAUCUUUAGAGGAGAAAUAGCCAAAGCAUCAGGAACUUUAAAUGGAGCUCUGGAACAGUUUGGAGAUACUAUACUUUUCACGACAGAUGAUGAGAUUCUGGAUGCAAUGUCCCAGUACGAUGAGACAUUCACAGCUAAUAUUGACUAUACUCAGCCGCUCACAUUUGAGGAAGAGCUCAAUAGACCUAGUACUGCAGAUGGUGAAGGAGAGGAGAGGCCAUUCACACAGGCUGGCUUUAGAACAGAGGGUGAACAGGUGCAAGAACAAACUCCAUUCCUGUUGGGUGGAACAGCCAGUCAGAUGCGAGCAGAGUAUACUGGGAAAUGUGUACAGCUAAAUUUCACUUUGACUUGGGGAGACUCUCACUACCUUGGGUUGACUGGACUGGAAGUUGUUGGCAAAGAUGGUCAGGCACUACCUGUCACAAUGGAUGAUAUUGAAGCUUCACCAAGAGAUCUAAAUGAAUUGCCAGAGUAUAAUGAAGACAGUAGGACAUUAGACAAGUUAAUUGAUGGGAUUAAUAUCACUUCAGAGGAUGAGCACAUGUGGCUGAUUCCUUUUACCUAUGGAGAGAAUCACAUCCUCACAAUCAAUUUCAAUAAACAACAGACUGUCAUUGGACUUCGCUUCUGGAACUAUAACAAGUCACCAGAAGAUACAUACAGAGGGGCGAAAGUUGUCCACGUUACCCUUGAUGGAUACUGCAUUUCACCACCAGAGGGCUUCCUCCUCCGAAAAGGGCCAGGCUUAUGCCAUUUUGACUUUGCCCAAGAAAUUCUCUUUGUAGAUUAUCUUCACAGGAACAGCAAAGUAGCAGCAAAGCAGCAAACUGGGAACUGUCUUAGGAACGUGGAACAGGCUAGUAUGGAUUAUGAAUCUCCUUUGAUGCCAUGUGGCUUUAUUUUCCAGCUGCAGUUGCUGACAAGCUGGGGAGAUCCUUACUACAUCGGUCUUAAUGGACUAGAAUUCUAUGGCGACAAUGGGGAAAAGAUUCUUCUAACAGAGAAUAACAUUUCUGCUUUUCCAGAUAGUGUGAAUGUUUUAGAAAGUGUUUCGGGGGAUGUUCGAACCCCAGACAAAUUAAUUGAUGGAAUAAAUGACACAAAUGAUGGGAGACACAUGUGGUUAGCUCCUAUUCUUCCUGGAUUGGUAAAUCGGGUUUAUAUCAUUUUUGAUCAACCUGUUGCAGUUUCAAUGAUUAAACUCUGGAAUUAUUCAAAAACCCCUCAAAGAGGGGUGAAAGAAUUUGGGCUACUUGUUGAUGAUUUAUUAGUCUACAAUGGAAUCCUAAAUAUUGUGAGUCCUGUGGCCCGUGGUAUCCUGCCAACUUGUGAACCUAUUAUCCCAUAUCAUACUAUCCUUUUCACCAAUGAUGAGAGGAUUACACAUAGAGAGAGAAAUACUGUUAUAAGUAACCAAGUGGAAGAUCAGGAUGUGAAGAUGACCAAUGAAAACCAAAUUAUUCAACGAGCCAAGAAGAAGCAAGCGGCUGACCCAGCUCUACGUCCAAAGACAUGUAUGACUGACAGAGGAUCAUUUGGGAGAAGAAGGUUUUUAUAAAGAUCUCAUCAUGGUGUUCACUCUGACUGCACGGAAGCUGUCACCAAUAGGAGACCCAGCACAAUUUACACCACAGACUAUGCACACAUCACAGGUGAAAUUUCAGAGCCCUGCAUGCAUUCAUAGCAUCCCAGAUGUCAAUUGACCCAACUUUCUGCUCCACGUUUCUGACGUUAGUGCAACAAACAAAAUAUACUCUUCCCCAUAUUGAAUUUACUGUGUACAGGGUUAUAUUGCAAAGUGACAGAGGAAAUGUUUGGGGAAGAAACUUGAGCAUUCUUUUGUGAAGGAAGAAGGUUGGUAAAAUGCUAAAUAUAUCUAUUGAAUUUGAUUUAUUAGGAAUUAUUUAAUGAAAUAUUUCUAUAUUUAAAGUAUCUCUUAGUCUACUCAUUGCCUCUCCUCCUUCUCAAUCAUGUACUUCGCUGUUUCGGCACACUAGUGCAAAAAUAGUCCUUCCAAAAAACCUGCUUGUAAUUUUAAUAGCUUUUCUUAAAACAUAGCUGUACAAUAAGGCCCUUGAUGAUAGCAAAAAUAUACCAUAUGCAACAUUUAUUGUUUCAAAUUAAAAAAUCUGGUGAAUUCAGUUCUCAUCCUGACAGGUUGGAGAUGUGUGUGGAUUUCAGUCGGUGAUAACUAUGUAAGUAUUUCUUACAUUACAAAAGGUUUAUAAUUAGUUUGUCGUAAAAACCUUUUCAGGUGCACUGAGGUCAUGAAAGGUACUGGAUAAAUUCCAAUAAAACUGUCAGUGUGAUUCUUCCAGAAGUAGGUUUGCUACUGUUUUCUCAACAGCUUUAUGUUGUUUUUAGCUUGAGAAGAGCUGAAGUGAAUGAAAAGUUUUACAAAGAUAAUUUAAGGGAGGAAAGUAUCACACGUUUUAAACUUUGAGUAGAUUGUCUACCCUGGCUAGCAGCCGCACAUGAUAUCACCCUCCCUGUGUUAUAAGACUGUGUUACGAAACUGUUAAGAAGAAAACAGAUAUUAUGAGUUGUAUUGUGUUCCACAAACACUAUUCAAACAGUUCCUCUGCAAAACAUUCUUUCUGAGUCAGGGAACUGAAGUGAAGUUCUGGAAUCACUAGCUCUGAUCUGAGCUGGGAGGCGAGUUGGAGGGAGUCUAGUAUCACAUGAAAAACCUUAAGUCUAUUCGGCGUAUCUGUAAGUGUUUGUUUUUGUUUUUAACUUUAAGUUCAGGUCAAUAACAAUGGGUGCAAUGCAUCUGCACCUCCAGAAUAGGAUUAGCCAAACUCCAGGAUUGACCUGGAAUUCCUUGAACACUACGUGUGUGACACUGGAGAAAACCCAUUGCAGUGUUUUAGAAGUAUAUUUUGCCCUAGUGUUUGCACAUGUCUGAGAGAACUUCACUGAGAGGCAAAGAAUGACAGAUGUCCUUCCAGCCAGUUCAAAACACUCAACUGCAGAGGAGAUGGUGUUUAAGAUCAGUGGAGUUUUGGCUUGAACAUGAACUCAGAUAUUUACAGUAUUUUUUCCAAGAUUUUGAAAUCUUUUACCAGACUCUUCCAACCCAAUGAGUAGGGCAAAGUUGAACUAUCUCAUCCGAAAAACAGCACUUCCAAGAGGACAACAUUCUGUCAGGACAGCACUGUAAUGUCAUGAGAAAUAUGUGUUAAGUGUCUGCACUCAGGUUUAAGCUCAUUCAUGACCUUCUAUAUCACAGACAACAGGUAACAAGAGCCCGUUUGUGAAGGGGAUUGACAGGGCAGACACAGAGGAGUUGUUCCACCUGACUGGGAAAUCUAGAACAUGGGGCACAGUCUCCGAUAGGGAUACAUUUCUUUAGUUAAAGGUUGUGAAUCUUUGGAAUUCUCUACCUCAGAAAGCUGUGGAUGCCCCAUCGUGGAAUCUAUUUAAAGCUGAGAGUUUCUUUUGUCUCAGGGAGUCAAAAUAUAUUAGGGUUUGGCAGAAGAAUUGAGUUGAAGCUAAUGAACAGCCAUUCAAUGGAGGACCGUGCAUGAGGUGUUCUAUAGUCUACUCGUUCCUAAUCCAUAUAAACCCAAGUUAUAAGGCUGAGCUUACCUCUGUAUUCAUGAAAUUGAUAGCACUCCUAUUAAGGUUUGCCAUCACUG